GACCAUUAACUCUCUCCUUUCCUGUCAUGUACAUGAUUAAUGCUUAUAAUAUUCAGUAUCUUGCAUAAAGCUGUCUCUGUCUUCCUCUUCUCCUUGCUUCUUGCUCCUCUCCUUCAAUAUUCUUUCUCUCCUCCUGCAAUUCUUUUUUAUUUGGUUCUUUCUCGGUGAUUGUGUCUCUUGUGCCUCUGUCACAAGUUUUGACCCAAGAACAUGCUAAGGCAAUGGUAGUUGCUGUGGAUGUCAGACUUCAAUCAUUAUCUCUAUGAUCUGUAAAACUUGCGCACUUUAUAUUUCAACCCUCAAAUAAUGCAAUUUAAAACACUUAUUUUUCGGUUUCAAGUCUCUCUCAAUCGUUUUCAAUUCAUUCAGGUAGCAUUACUCUUGCUGCUGUCGCUAAGCAAUGAAGUCCGAGUCAAUGGGCAGUGUGAGCAUAAUCCAGCACCAAAGCCAAGACCGCACACCGUGUCCAUCCUUGAGUUUGGAGCGGUUGGGGAUGGUAAAACAUUGAACACUAUUGCAUUCCAGAAUGCAAUCUUCUAUCUCAAGUCAUUUGCUGACAAGGGUGGUGCUCAGUUAUACGUGCCACCAGGAACAUGGUUGACUAAAAGUUUCAAUCUUACUAGUCAUCUGACACUGUUCUUGGAAAAAGGUGCUGUCAUUCUUGGAUCUCAGGAUCCAUUUCACUGGGAAGUUGUUGAUCCAUUACCUUCUUAUGGUCGAGGAGUUGAAGUUCCCGGGGGAAGAUAUCAGAGUUUAAUAAAUGGAUACAUGUUAGAUGAUGUGGUGAUAACAGGUAAUAGUGGAAUCAUUGAUGGCAUGGGAUUGGCAUGGUGGGAAUUGUUUAGCUCUCAUUCCCUGAACUACAGCCGUCCCCAUAUUAUUGAAUUAGUGGCAUCUGAUCAUGUGGUAGUUUCAAAUCUUACAUUCUUGAAUGCCCCUGCAUAUAGCAUCCACCCAGUUUAUUGCAGCAAUGUACAUAUUUACAAUGUUUCAAUUUCUGCUCCUCCAGAAUCCCCCUAUACCAUUGGCAUAGUACCAGAUUCUUCUGAUCAUGUUUGUAUAGAGGAUUGUGUCAUUGAAACGGGUUAUGAUGCAAUUGCCCUCAAAAGUGGCUGGGACGAAUAUGGCAUUGCCUAUGGCAAGCCAACUGAGAAUGUACACAUCAGAAGGGUGCAUUUGCAAGCUUCUUAUGGGUCUACUAUUGCAUUUGGAAGUGACAUGUCUGGUGGCAUUUCAAAUAUUCUUGUGGAGAAUGUUUAUCUUUACAAUUCAAGGAGUGGCAUUGAAUUCAGAACUAUGAGGGGUAGAGGUGGUUAUAUCAAGGAAAUAGUCAUAUCAGAGAUAGAAAUGGAGAAUAUAUACACUGCAAUGGCCGCCACAGGUUAUUGUGGAUCUCAUCCUGAUGACAAAUUUGAUCCAAAUGCUCUUCCACUUUUGGACCACAUUAUUUUCCAAGAUAUGAUUGGCACAAACAUCACUAUUGCUGGAAGCUUUGCCGGUCUAGAAGAAUCUCCCUUCACAAACAUAUGCCUUUCCAACAUAAAUUUAUCUAUAAAUGCAGUUUCUUCCGUUCCUUGGGAAUGUUCAAAUAUCUCUGGAUUUUCAGAUUCUGUUCUUCCCAAACCCUGUCCUGAUCUCGAGACCCUUUCAGAUUGUCUCUCCAAUCUGAGUGUCAAGGGAAAAACUGCGGACAUGUGAUGUGUCAAUAAUCUUCUGUCGACAAAAAGGUUCAUAUUCUUCAAUUCCCUGCUUGGAGGCCUUGAAAAAGUGAUUAGCCAUUGAUAUAUCAGAUAAAGCCACAUUCUUUCAAAUAAGACAGAUAUUGGGAUCAUUCAUUUUUCCAUCCUACGAUUUCCAUUCUUCCAUGCUGCAAGCAGCACAAUAUUUGUUGUACAGCUUCAUUUCUUCAUUCAUGUGUAAUGAAAUUUUGGUAGUACCCACAGGAGGACUCGAUCUGAUGAUAUCUUCACUGGUGCAUGUCCUUUGAGAUAAUGUGAUUUCACUCUAAAGCAUCUGAUGGAUUUCCGUGAGUCUCCAAUAAGGAAAUUUUUAUGGAUGGUAUAAUCUUUUUAGGUAAUUGAAAGUAUUUGUAGCUAAAAGUCUCUCUCCAUUGGGUUUCACUUUUUAAAAAUAUGAUAUAAUUUGAUAUUCUCUAUUAA